AUGAAGGUCCGCGAUUUUGACAACGAGGGAUCCUCGGACGACGAAUUACAGCAUGGCGCACUCAAGAAAGUAUGGGAUGAAACUAUCAAAAGCGACGACUUACUUUUAUUUCGCUGGCCCCAUUCGACUGUUGCGCUCUAUACAUUACAUCCGCAACCGCUCGACAUAUUUCGCUUAUGGCAGAUUUAUCUGGACAACGUGAACCCACUGCUCAAAGUAACUCACACUCCAACCUUACAGGCUCGAAUUCUAUCCGCUGCAGGAGAUAUCAUCAAUAUUGCGCCCGAACUUGAAGCUCUGAUGUUUAGUAUAUAUAGUAUGGCCAUAUUCAGUCUUAGCGAAGAGAGCUGCUACGGAAUCUUUGCCUCGUCCAAGUCAAGCCUGCUCGCUGCAUAUCAGAUGGGCUGCCAACAAGCUCUCGUGAACUGCAACUUUCUACGUACGACAAGCCGCGAUUGCUUGACUGCCUUGUACCUAUACCUUAUCUCCAUCAGGGACAAAGCCACCCCUCAGUCGCUGUCAUCCAUGCUUUCCGCAGCGAUCCGUAUCGCUCAGCGCAUAGGGAUCCACAACGAAUCUACGCUGUCGAAAGUCGCUCCUCUGGAAGCUGAAAUGUGUCGAAGGCUCUGGUGGUGUCUCGUAAUUUUCGAUGCGCGCAUUGGAGAGAUGGCCGACAUCCGUGCGACAUCUCUGCUUCCUAUAUGGGAUUGCAAAUUGCCUCUCAACGUCAACGACUCCGAUCUUCGAGAGGAUAUGAAGGAGCAUCCGCAAAUGCAGGGAAUAUGGACGGAGGCCCUAUUUGCCGUUGUGCGCAGUGAGCUCGGGGACGCCCUUAGGACUGCAAGGCAUCACUUGGGUACCUACGCUCCAUCUCUGAACAUCGGAUACACUGGCAAUCCGGUUACGGAAGUUGGACAGACUCAUCUAAUCGAGAGACACUUCGAAGAGAAGUAUCUCGGCCGUUGUGAUUCGGGCAAUCCGCUCCACUUCAUGACGAUCUGGUUCACCAGGGGGCUUAUUGCAAAACUUCGACUGAUGGAGCAUCAUUUUCAAUAUUCAGGAUCGCCUCUGCAUCAAGCUGAAGGUCAAAGAGCAGCAGCAGUCUCUUACGCGCUGACCAUGCUCAAGGCCAACACCAUGCUCGUCACGUCGCCACUCACCCAGGGCUUCCGAUGGAUGGUCAAUCAAUAUUUCCCUCUCAUCGCAUACAUUCAAACACUCCAAUAUGUCAAGUCGCACCCCUCGACUCCCAAAGCCGCAGAGGGAUGGAUAAUAAUGAGCGAAAACCAUCAGGCCCACGGAAAUAUAUUUCAGAUGCCUCCAGGCUUGGGCUUUUACAAAAUCCUGGCGAACCUCGUGCUUCAAGCCUGGGACGCUCAUGCAGCCAGUACUUAUGGAAACUCGCCGUCUGCCGAAGCUCCUCCGAUUGUGGUGUCCAUGAGACAGCGCAUGGCUGCCAUGGCGAAGCAGAGAAUGCUGUCCUCAGAGGCAGUUGAUGGGAACGAGGGUCCUGCACGGACAGACUUGGGUACAGACUUUAGUGCUUCUACAGCAACGGACCCUGGAUUCCACCAGAAUUUCAACAACAGCGCACCUAACGAUGGCUAUAUGCUGCAGGAGUGGGCUUCCUACGCUGAUCUGGUAGAUUUGCAACCGGAGAAUCUGCCAGCUGCGUCGUAUGUGUAG